AUGAUUAUGAUUGAAUUUGAAGGUAUUACUGGAAAUGUUAAAUCAUGGAUAAAAGAUGUUAUUUACCAAAUAACAUCAAAUUUACCUCAAGAUAAAAUAAUGUUUGAAGCAGCUGAUCCAAAAGUGUUUUCUUAUUAUAUUGAAAAUCUAGGUACACAUACGAAUCUUAAUGAUUAUGAUGAUGAUUAUGAUGAAAAUGAAGAGUUAGAAGAUUGUCAAUAUGAUAUUGAUUUUAAAACAUUUAAAAAAAGUGAAAAACUUCAACUGUGUGAUUCAUUAGAAAAACCUUCAUUAAAAUCACGAAUUCAAUUAAAAGUUUAUAUAAAUCAUAGUGAAGAAAUAAUUCAUAUUCGUGCAUUAUCAUUCUCAUUAACAAAUAAUAGUUUAAAUAAAUCACUUAUUCAAUUAACAACAGAUAUAAUUGAAGAUUUUAAAUAUCCAACUAGUUUAUUAUUUAUUGAUCAAUUUCAAUUUAUUUAUUUGUCAACACUUAAAUCAAUAUUAUUAUCAUUAAUUAAUGUUAAUUUUAAUUUACUUAAAAAUAAUUUAAAAAAAAGUUUAAUUAUUUCAAAAGGGGGACAUAAACAAUUACUUUUUUGCGAAGGAAAUUUUUAUCCUAAACAAAAUAUUCAAUUAUUAAAUAUAAGAUCUGAUAUUACUAAACCAAUAACAUGUAAUAAACAAGCACAACAUGAUCGGUUUUUUACACUUCAAGAAAAACUUUAUCUUAAUAAAGAAGAUCAAAACAAAUUUCGUUUAUAUUAUAUUCAUCAAGAUAAUGAAAAUAAAAUUAAUCGAAUAAGUUGGUAUACAUGUAAUAAUCCAAAAUCAUGUACUUAUGGAAUACAAAAUAAAUCAAUGUUAGACAAAACUGUUAAUUAUGUUUUAAAAUUUUUAGAAAAAAGUCGAACUGAAAAAAAUCCAUCAUCUGGAUAA